GAUAACACAUCGCAUGACACCGUUUAAGAAACAGCAUGGUGGAUGUUGUUACGAAAUAUAUCAGUGCUGGCUGUAAUAGCACACCUCAUGUGGCAGACUGGGGCAAGAAUGGCUGUAUUUGCUUUGGAUCUUGUAAUUCUGUAGUUGUUUACCAACCCCAGGUAUCUCAAUCUCAAAUAAAGGAUGCUGGCUCUAUUUUGUCCACACUGAAGUCUCACAAAAAUAGAGUAAAUUGUGUAAGAUGGAUGAAAACAAGAAAAGCUGCAGAAUGGGAAAUCAUUUCUGGCUCUGUUGACAAGACAGCAAUUCUGUGGACUCAAGUAGGCAGUCAGUUCCAGUGUUCCCAAAUUCUGGCUGGGCAUGAUGGUGCUAUUACAACUUUGGACAAUAUAGAAAUUGAAGAUUUGGAUUUUGAACCAAAAUCUGAAGUAACUGAAUCUCCUUCAAGCCAUAACCUCAUUGUAACCUCAUCUGUAGAUUCUACAGUUAAAGUUUGGCACCGGUUUAAUUCUGAAGAAUUUCAUGACAUCCAAACUAUAUCAUUGAAUACUGGGUUUGCCCUUGAUGUGGCUCUGGUUUCACCUGAAAAUUCUUCAGGUGUGAUCCUUGCUUGUGGCUGUGAUAAUCAGAAAGUGAACCUCUAUGUCUGGCAGCAAUGUCAGUUUGUAUCUGCUGUGUCUCUGUCUGGCCAUGAUGAUUGGGUGUCUGGUGUUGAUUUCUGUGUUGAAGAUAAUGGUGAUCUUCUAUUGGCAAGUUGUGGACAAGAUUUCAUUGUGCGUAUAUGGAGGAUUUCCCAGAAAACUACUCCCGAGGAGAACAGUAACAUUAUAGUCAGGGAUAAGCCUGCUACUGGAAAUAUUCAGAUGAAGGAAACCCUGAUCAAUGUACAGAGUAAAGGCUCUAGUCUCUGCUUUGCAAUUACAUUGGAAUCAGUUUUGCUGGGUCAUGAUGGAUGGAUUUACAGUGUUAGAUGGCAUCCCCCCAUUGAAAAAGAAAAUGGUUGGCAUCAACCUCUGCGACUUCUUACUGCUUCCAUGGAUAAAACCAUGAUACUUUGGUCUGUUGAUAAAGAUUCUGGAGUUUGGGUUGAAGAGGUUCGUGUUGGAGAAGUUGGUGGAAAUACAUUAGGGUUUUAUGGUGGUUUGUUCAGUCCAUGUGGUGAUUCUAUCUUAGCCCAUGGUUACCAAGGUGCUCUACAUCAAUGGACAUUUAAUAAAGAGAAGCUAUGUUGGGAACCAGCUGUAACAGGAGGUGGACAUUUCAAGGCUGUUGAUGAUAUUGCUUGGGAUCCAUUUGAUGGGAGUUACUUGCUUAGUGUCAGCUUGGAUCAAACCUGUAGACUUCAUGCCCCUUGGGUGACAGAUACCCUACAGCGACCAACAUGGUAUGAAGUUGCCCGUCCUCAAGUACAUGGCUAUGAUAUACAAUGUCUUGCUGCUCUACAUCGUUACAAGUUUGUCAGUGGUGCAGAUGAGAAAGUGUUAAGGGUGUUUCAUGCACCAAAGAAUUUUAUUGAGAAUUUUUGCAAUAUUAGCAAAUUGGACAUCGAAGUGGAAUUGAAAAAUAAGGAAAUUUCUUCUGUGCCACAAGGAGCCAGUGUUCCAGCCCUUGGCCUCUCCAAUAAAGCUGUCUAUUGCAAUGAGAAAACUGCUGAAGAGGAGGUCGAGGCCCAUCCCAACGAGCAAUACCCUGAGGUUUAUUUUUCUCCAGUGACACUUCACGAGCCACCUACAGAAGAACAUUUACUACAGAACACACUGUGGCCUGAAACACAAAAGUUAUAUGGACAUGGUUAUGAGAUCUUUGCAGUAGCAGCUGAUCCUAGAGGAGAAAUACUUGCUUCAGCUUGUAAAGCUUCCAAAAGUGAAUUUGCAGGAAUUAUCUUAUGGAAUUGUUCAAACUGGAAACAACUUGGUGUCCUUGAAGGCCCAUCAUUGACGGUCACUCAACUGGCUUUUUCAUAUGAUGGUCAACAUCUUCUGUCUGUGUCCAGGGACCGUACCUGGACACUUUUUAGACAUGCAGUGGACCAUGAUAUUCCAUUUAAGAAAAUUGCCUCUGUUGACAAAAAGACUUCAGCCCAUUCUCGCAUAAUUUGGUCAUGUUGUUGGUCACAUGACAAUGCCUAUUUUGCCACAGCAUCUCGGGAUAAGAAAGUAAUUCUCUGGAAUUGUCCUCCACCCUCAGCUAAUGUCAUCUCUGUUCAACCAAAAGACAAUUUCAUAUUCAGUGAUUCAGUAACAGCAGUUGAUAUGGCUCCUACCUUCACACCUGAUAACAAUUAUUUACUCAGUAUUGGUUUGGACAGUGGUAUUAUAGAGUUGUUAUCCUGGUCACCUGACCAACCAACACCAUGGCAACAUUUGAAAGUCUUGGACUUAAUUUCUCAUCAUUUAACUGUGAAGAGACUGAAAUUCUCCAGAGUUAUUAAAGACCACCAACAACAGAACAAAGAUGACGACAAUUCACAGUUUAUGCUGGCAUCCUGUGGUAAUGACUUCUCUGUCCGAAUUUUUAACAUUUUUCUAGGACAAUGUUAAAUAAAUAAAUAAUACAAUUAUAUUUUCCACAAA